AGUGUUAACUCAUACGAGGAACUGCAUGCUAGGCCUACCAACCACAAACAACAGGAAACUGGGUCGAAAUCUUUUUUUUUAGCAUGAGGUGAAAUCCUAUAAGGUUUACUCUUCUUAAUAAUGUCAAAUUCGUAUUUUUACCCAUGUUCCUAUCUCAAAUGAUAUCCCAGAAUCUGUUAAUGAUGUCUGUUGUCACUUGUAUUCCAGAGUCUACAUGUUUUUUUCACCCCAAGCGGUCCAAGCCUGCAGUCAAUCAUUACAUCAGUUUUAUAUUUGUUCUUUUUAAGUAGUGUUAAACCAUUAGAGAAACUGCAAUUCACCAAACCACUGUAUUUUGUUGUUGUAAAACUAAUGAUGUUGCCAAACAAUUACAUGUCUACAUAAGUGAAAAUGAUACAACUUGGUUAUUUAUAAGUAAUUGUUAUGUAAUGUUUAUCAUCCUGUGUAACUCUUAGUGUGACAUACAGGAAGUAAGAAAUCUAACAUACAGCCAUAAUGACAGAUGACCUCCUUUAGUUGUACGUCUCCUUCAGUUUCAUGUUUCAAUUAAAAACUUUUGUUUCCUUACACAAGUGAUUGUUUCUGUUAAGCAGCAAAAGUGCGCAUGGACAUAAUGAAGAUAUUGAGAAACGAAACAUCACAGCUGUUUGUCAUGCAGACAUUCAGAUUGAAGUUCAUUUUUGUUAUUCUUUGUCUUAUUGAAGGUGGUGAGUGUAGGAAAGUAACUGUUCAGACGGGUGGUAAUGUUACUAUUCCAUGUCAUUAUGAAAGUAAAUACACCCAACACAAGAAAUACUGGUGUUAUAAUGCAAGAGCAGCUUACAAUUACUGCUCUAUUCUGGCAUAUGCAAAUAAAACCAAAGGAGACGUGUCAGUAAUUGAUCAUCCUGAUCAGAGUUUAUUUACUGUCACUAUGAGAGACCUGCAGGAGCAAAAUACUGGAACUUACUGGUGUGCGGUGGAAAUUAAAGGAGGCUUGGAUGAGACAGAGCAGCUUUAUAUCACAAUCCAAUCAGGUAUGAGAUCUAUUUUACACUUAAACAUCACAUUGCUCUUGUUUCUGAUAAAUGUCAAUGACAAAUAUCAUCUGUCUGUGUGAUGACAGCUCCUGAUCUCUCUGUGAUGUCCAGCAGUGUAAUUGUAGAUGAAGGUGGUAAUAUCAGUGUACAGUGUCUCUACAGCACUGAAUAUAGGAAUAAACACAAACAGUGGUGCAGAUAUAAAGACAAGAGAUGUUACACAGUGGGAAGAUCUGAGACAUCCCAGAAUGCAUCAGUUGAGAUCAGUGAUGAUGGGAGAGGAUGUUUGACUGUGGUGAUGUCUGGACUGAUGAAGAGUGUUUCUGGCUGGUAUUACUGUUUUGUAGGAGAUCUACAGGCUCCUGUUAAACUCACAGUCACUGUUGCUGUAACAGAUCUACAGACUUCAGUUGAAUUCACGGUUACAGAAGCAAUAUCAGCAGUGACUUCAGACAGCAGUUCAACAAGAGACAUGAGAGACAUACAGUAUGAUGAUCUGAAGAUGUGGCUUCUACCCAUUGUUCUGCUGCUGCUUCUGGUUACUGUGACAUCUGUAAUACUGAGAAACAAACACAAUAGAAAAAACAAUCACAUUACAAAUGAGAAAAAAGUCAGUGAUGAAGAUGACUCAGUUAAUUUACCUUCAGUGAAUCCUGAAUGUGAUGUGACGUACAGUUCUGGGAAUCAACUUCCCAAGACUGAAUGUGAACCAGCAGAUAUAGAGGAAAAUGAUCCACAGCUCUGUGUGUGAAUAGGUGUUUGAUCUGGAUUAAAUACCUGAACAAAAUAUGAACACAGAUGCAAGAGCUUGCAAGUCACCAACACAGAUAAAGUUGUUUUGAAAACAUGAAAUUAUGAAAUCAUUUUAUUAUUUGAGAUAUCUGCCUCUAAAUGUACUGUACAGUACAAUACAGUCUAAAUAUUUUUGGGUUGUUUUGCAUGUGCAAAAAAAAUGUAUGCCUCCAUGUGUCGUAAUUUAAUAUAAUGUGAUUAUAUCUAAUUCAUAUUUAUUUAAUGUGAAUUAUAAAGUUGCUGUUUCUAAAAAAAUGCUUAGGUUGUAGUGUAUUUCCUUUUAUUUGUAAAAGUGUAACUUUCAAAUAAAAAACAAAAUGCUUGCUUCUGAACAUGCUACUGUAUGCUUUACACUUUAAAACAAAUUCAUGAAUAAAUGAUCAAUGACCUAGUCCAGGGCUAUUCAAAUCUUACCCUGGAGGGCCGGAGCACUGCAUAGUUUAGCUCCAACCCUGAUCCCAGAGGUUGUGACUUAAUUUUGAUUGAUUUCGAUUUUAAAAUCGAACUCGUGACACCCUUACAUUACACAUCUACUUUACACCCAUAGAGAAGCUCAUGAUGUGAAUAUUCAGAAAGGGAUCAAAAAAAAUUUGAAGUAGGCAUGCACCCAGUAUUAAAACAUGACUUGUAACAUAUCUGCCUGUUCAUCUGCAAACACAA